UGGCGGCGCGCUGAGAGAUUUGCAGAGUUCUGAUAAACAUGAACUUUUAAAUAAAUAAAUAUAUCAACGUUUCGUAUUAGAUUAAGUUAACCACAUUUACGUUUGCAGAGACAUUCAAAACGGUAAACUAUAUUCUCUAUUGAUAAUCAUUAACCUGCAGAAAAUUCUGGCAUUUUUGUUUUGUUUGUUUGUACAUUAUUCGAGCAUCGGAUUCAUGUUUAUAAAUGUCGCCAAUAUUCUCAUCAUCCUAAACGAAGACUUGUUUCAACACGAACAGGAAUAACUCCAGAUGUUUCAACUGAGAUCUGCGGGAUAAAACAUUGUAAAAUGAUGUUUAUUAAAGAAGAGAGUGAGGACAUGAGUUAUCCAGAAUCAUGCAGUUCAAAUGUCAUGAAAAAUGAAGAUACCGAGGAACAAAGAGAGCUGAUGGAAGUGAAAGAGGAAAGUCAAGGACUGAAUGAAGUGAAGGAGGAGAAACACAAUCCGGAUCAGACACUUUAUAGUAUAAAAACUGAACAAAACUCUUUUAGUGAGUCACAAACUGAAAAUAAUUUCUCCCAAAAAAAACCUAAAAGAACAAGAAACAAAUAUUAUUUCACCUGCCCUCAGUGUGGUAAGAACUUCUCCGAGAAAAGUCACCUUCAGAGUCACUUAAGAGUACACACCGGAGAGAAGCCUUUUAUCUGCCAUGAGUGUGGAAAGAAUUUUACACGUAACGGAAGUCUUAAAAAGCAUAUGAUAAUUCACACUAGAGAGAAGCCUUUCAAAUGUCUUCAGUGUGGGAAGGCCUUUCAUAAAGCUUACGGCUUGGAACGCCACCAAAAAAUUCAUACUGGAGAAAAACCUUACAAGUGUUCACAUUGUGGAAAGAGUUUCACUAUUUCAAAAAACCUUAAAGCUCAUGAGAGAGUGCAUACUAGAGAGAGGCCGUACCAUUGCACUUCAUGUGGGAAGAGUUUCAUUAGGUCAGAAAACCUGAAAGCACAUGAGAGAGUGCAUACUAGAGAGAGGCCGUACCAUUGCACUUCAUGUGGAAAGAGUUUCAUUAGGUCAGAAAACCUGAAAACACACAUGAGAUUGCACACUGGAGAGAAGCCAUACCACUGCACUUUAUGUGGGAAGAGUUUCUUUAGGUCAGAUAACCUAAAAGAACACGAGAGAGUGCAUACUGGAGAGAAGCCGUACCACUGCACUUCAUGUGGGAAGAGUUUCAUUACGUCAGAAAACCUGAAAACACACAUGAGAUUGCACACUGGAGAGAAGCCAUACCACUGCACUUUAUGUGGGAAGAGUUUCUUUAGGUCAGAUAACCUAAAAGAACAUGAGAGAGUGCAUACUGGAGAGAAGCCGUACCACUGCACUUCAUGUGGGAAGAGUUUCAUUACGUCAGAAAACCUGAAAGAACAUGAGAGAGUGCAUACUGGAGAGAGGCCGUACCACUGCAUUUUAUGUGAGAAGAGAUUCAUUAGGGCAGGAGACCUGAAACUACAUGAGAGAGUGCACACUGGAGAGAAGCCGUACCACUGCACUUCAUGUGGAAAGAGUUUCAUCAGGUCAGAAAACUUGAAAGCACAUGAGAGGGUGCAUACACGAGAGUGGCCAUACCACUGCACUUCAUGUGGAAAGAGAUUUAUUAGGUCAGAAAACCUGAAAGCUCACAUGAGAGUGCAUGCUCGAGAGAAGCCGUACCACUGCAAAUCAUGUGGGAAGUGUUUCUUUAGGUCAGACAACCUGAAAGUACAUGAAUGAGUGCAUACGGGAGAGAGGCCGUUCCACUGCACUUCAUGUGGGAAGAGUUUCACUACAUCAGGAAACCUGAAAAUACAUGAAAGAGUGCAUACUGGAGAGAAGCCGUACCACUGCAAUUCAUGUGGGAAGAGUUUCAGUACAUCAGGAAACCUGAAACUACAUGAGAGAGUGCAUACUGGAGAGAAGCCGUACCACUGCACUUCAUGUGGGAAGAGUUUCAGCAGCUCAUGCACUCUACAGACUCAUAGGAAAAAUCAUUGUCCAGGGUUGUCAUAGUGAGCAAAGUUAACAUUUAUUUACCUGGCAAAUAGUACGAAAUUUAGAACAAGAAAAAGCUACAUUGAAUUUCUCUCAAUAGAACAAUUAUAAUUAGAGAUGAAGUAUAUGUAAUCUACAAUAGCACCACCGAAGGGAAUUGCUAAAUAAAAAUGCUU